AAAAUGACCAACACAAAGGGAAAGAGGAGAGGUACCCUCUAUAUGUUCUCUAGACCUUUUAGAAAAGAUGGAGUUGUUUCUUUGGCCGCAUACAUGCGAAUCUAUAAGAAAGGUGAUAUUGUGGACAUCAAGGGAAUGGGCACUGUUCAAAAAAGAAUGCCCCACAAAUGUUACCAUGGCAAAACUGGAAGAGUCUACAAUGUUACUCAGCAUGCCAUUGGCAUUGUUGUAAACAAACGAGUUAAGGGCAAGAUUCUUGCCAAGAGAAUUAAUGUCCGCAUUGAGCAUAUUAAACACUCAAAGAGCCGAGAUAGCUUCCUGAAGUGUGUGAAGGAAAAUGAUCAGAAAAAGAAGGAAGCCAAAGAGGAAGGUGCUUGGGUCCAACUGAAGCGCCAGCCUGCCCCACCCAGAGAAGCACAUUUUGUGAGAACCAAUGGAAAGGAGCCUGAACUGCUGGAACCCAUUCCCUAUGAAUUCAUGGCAUGAUAAAUGUAAAGAAAAUAAAAUACCUCAGGAUUGUAAAAGUGUUUCUCUUAAUUGAGUAGGAGUGUGGUUGGUGUCCUUUCACUUAAAA